AAGCAACAGAUAUGAUAAGAUAACAUUCGCUUUUAACCAGGUAAUCAGUGGAUUCUAGUCUCAUUUCGCGUUAAAACACUCUGAUUGAAUAACCCGCUAACAGAAUGCCAGCCUACAGAUGGGUGAAUUGUCACAUCGGCCAGCCGAUUCCUGAGAGGGCGGUGGCAGGAGGACGAGAUAUCGACGGAUCCGUCAUCUACGUCGGGCGAGCUUAUCACUGUGGAGAUGUCAUUCCAGCAAAAGUUAUUCCAGCGAGAAAUACGGCGUACGUCAGCCACGGUGGCGAGGAGCACGCAAAGUCCGAUUUCGAGGUCCUCUGUCAGCCGGAAUUUUCCUGGGAAUUUGCGAGCAACGGUGUAAUUCCCGAUGGAGCUGUUGUCGGUGGACAAACCACCGAGGGUGAACCUCUGUACGUCGGCCGUGUACUCCACAACGGUGCACAGACUGUCGGCAAAGUCCAGGCAAGCCACGGCUGCAUCUACAUCCCAUACGAUGGCCAAGAGCUCUCCUUCAGGGACUACGAAGUCCUCGUCAACCACUAGACCCUGGAAAUACCAUUAACCCUUUUCAAUAUUUCCACACAAAAUUAAUGUCUUUUUUUAUCUCUUUGGUGUUCUCUCUUUCUACGUAAUCACCACGAGUUGCAUAAAUUUUGAGAAUAAAAAUAAUGAGUAAAGUAAAAUAAAUCACUAUUUUGAAGAA